AUGUCUCAAUUACGAGAGGAUUCGUUGUGUCAAUUGCGAGAGGAGAGCAGGAACAGCAGCGCUCCGCCUCCAGAAAGGUAUCGCACGAUGAACGACUGCGUUCAGCGGUGGAAGCACUUCUCCAACGGCAAGGCCUGGGCCAGAAUAUCGGCGCACAAGGAACCCAUGAUAGAGCCUCGCACCGCCGCAGACCUCAAGGCGGUCAUGGAGGAGUACGACGCGAAGAUCGAGAACACCGGGGGCGCCGUGUUCCUGGCGGUUUGUAGGGGCAAGGUGAGCGAGGGCAUGGACUUCUCGGACGGCAGAGCGCGCUGCGUCGUGGUGACCGGCAUCCCCUACGCGCCGGCAAUGGACCCCAAGGUGGUGCUGAAGAAGAAGUACAUGUCGGAGUCCUUGCUGCCUCCAGGUGUUGCGAGGGUGACAGGGAACGAGUGGUACCAGCAGCAGGCCUCUCGAGCCGUGAACCAGGCCAUCGGUCGAGUCAUCCGGCACCGGCUCGACUACGGCUGCGUGGUGCUCUGCGACUCGAGGUUCGCCGAGGACCGCAACCGCAAGAGCCUCUCCCUGUGGGCCCGGCCGUUCGUGAGGGAGUGCAGCGGCUUCGGCAAGGUGGCCGCCGACCUGACCAAGUUCUUCAAGGCCUGCGCGGCGAACCCGAGCCUGAAGCACGUCGACACGCCCAGGGCUAGCAAGCCUACGCCGGCGGCCCCCAACCACGGUCGUCCGCUGCCACCAUCGUUGUCGUCUUCUUCUAUGUACGCCCGGGCGAGGCCGGCGGCGGCGUUGGGACCGGGGGGGCUACCGCCUUCACCUUCGUUGCAAGAUGUCGGGGACAUUGUGGAGUCUGUGGUUGGGGAUCCGGGGGGGGGUACGCGGAAGAGAGUUGUUCGCGAGGGGAGGGGUGGCGGCGGCGGCGGCACGCCUGCUGCGCCUCUGGGCUUGCUCGACGCGCUCAAGGCGUCCGCGAGGGCCACCGACGGGGGCGCCGUAGUAUCGGACCAAAGCAGUACGAGGGGGGGUAGUAGCACUACGAUGGCUGCGUUUUCAUCAUCGGAACGUAGCGCAGGCGGGAGUGGUUCUGCGGCUGGGAAUGGCGGCGGUGGUGUCGGCAGAGCCGAUGAAGCCCGAGGAGGUGGAGGUGGGUGGGACUCUGUUCCGUUGUCUCAGCGGCUGGCCACGGCUUCGGUGGGGGGAAAGGCCUCCGGCGGUGCGGCUGGGGCAUCGACCCCAGGAAGAAGGCGCGCUUGA